AGAUGUUGCCACGAUGAGCCAGUGGUUAGCUCCAAUAGUGUGGGAGAAUUCCUUUGAUCUGACGGUGAUUGACAACAUCUACAAGCAAAAGAAUAUCACCGUGGCGACAACCGUUUUUGCUGUGGGGAAGUAUGUGCGUUUCCUGAAGGACCUCCUAGAAUCUGCGGAGCAGCACUUCAUGGUGGGUUACCGAGUGCAUUAUUAUAUUUUUACAGAUCUUCCCCAUGAGGUUCCUGUGCUAACUCUGGGAGAGGGGCGUCGAUUGAAAAUUAUGAAAACAGCAGGCUCAAGCCGCUGGCAGGAAAUCUCGCUGCGCCGGAUGGAGAUGAUUGAGAAGCUCAUUGAAGAGGAACUCCUGAACAAUGCAGACUACAUAUUCAGCCUUGAUGUCGACUCCAAAUUUUAUGGCCACUGGGGGGCAGAAUCCCUGGGCGACCUUGUCGGCGUGCUGCAUGCCUGGUUUUUUGGAUUGUCUCGUGACCAGUUCACUUACGAGCGCCGUCCCGAAUCUCAGGCCUACAUACCCUUCAGUGAAGGAGACUAUUACUACGGAGGAGCCGUGAUUGGAGGACGUCUUGCCAACGUUCUCAAGCUGACAAAGACGUGCCGCAUGCAGUUGGACUUAGACCGAGCCAAUAAGAUAGAAGCAGUAUGGCAGGAGGAGUCUCACCUGAACAAGUACUUCCUCUACAACAAGCCCACCAAGUUGCUCUCACCUGAGUAUCUUUGGGAUGACAAAAAAGGGAAACCCGACUUCAUAAAAAUAGUACGUUUCUCACAAGUUCUCAAAAACUAUGCUGAGAUUCGACCAAACCCUUAAUGCGAACUCUGCUAAUCCCAUACAAUGCUUACAGUUAUGAAGGAAACUUUCUGUUAGCAUUCCUACAAUGUUCCUGCAACACUUGCCAUUCUAAGCACUGAUUGUAAAUAUUCUCAAAGCAUCCAGAAAUGUUUAUGAAUUAUUUUUGUACCAAAAUAGUAACAUUCUGAAAAUGCUAAUAUAAAAUAAUUAUAUUAUUCUUUACUUUGUUACAUAAAAAAUUAAAUUGUAUGUCAUCUAGCUCUUAUAUGAACUACAGAAAAAUGGUUGCUGUGUUUUCGUGGAAAAAGAGGUGUUUUUAUUAUCUACAGCCAUGAAAUACCCAUUAAUGAGAAUAAAGUGGGAGGAAACGAGAGACCCUGGAAAAAACGUAUACAGUAAUCCCCCGUUUAUCGCGAUGAUUACGUUCCAAAACCGCGCACAAUAAACGAAAAACCACGAUAAACGGAUGCCACCUCAAAAAUGUACUGUAUAAACUUUUUACUUCAUUUUAUAAUUAAUCAUUAUGUUUUUUAUUAAUAUAUUUGAUUAUUUCAAAAUAAAACUGCAUAAAAACAAUUCUCUAUAAGUUUUUUGGUCUAUGGUGCUCGCCACGAGAGAGCGGGAAAAUCAGACAAACGAAUUAGAUGCGACUGCAGGUAAGAGUGUUUAUGGAAGUGGGAGCUCAGUAAGGGUCUGAGUUCAAGCCCUAAACAAGGGCCCUUAACCCUUUGUGCUCCAGGGGUGAUGCAUCAUGACUGACCCAGCACUCCCACCACAGCUUCCUAACAUCACUGGAAUAUGCAAAGAUAGAAUUAGAAAUAAAGAGGCAAACAAUCUAAUAAUGGUAGGAAAAAACCCAAAACGUAAUCAAGCUAAGGUCAGGCAAUUAGCAAGAAAAAUGAAAUAAGUACAGCGAGAAGGAGAAGGAGAACAAAUAAAUAUCUAAAUACCAAUAAACCAUUAACAUUGACAAUAAACAAAACGGCUUAGUAACUGUAGUACAAUUAGUUGUUACUUCACAAAUGCAAGACAUAAACAAAGAGGUAUUUAUACACACAAUAAUCAAAACAAAAUGAAAACUUUUGAAUGCACGUAUGAAACACAUCUCAAAAAUUUGGGGCAGGGCCGUGUUUCCAACUGUGUAGCUUCACGUCUUCUAUCCACAUACAUCUGGGAACUGAGGAGACCACUUGCUGAAGGUAUAGAAGAGGAAUAUUCUCCCAUACGUGUCUGAUACAGGAUUCUAGCUGCUUAACGGUUCUGGGUGUUUUUUGUUGUGUUUUUCGUUCCAUGAUGUGAUAAAUGUUUCAAAUGGUGAAAGGUCUAGACUGCAGGCAGACCGGUUCAGCACCCUCACUCUUCUACUAUGAAGUCAUUUACAUUUACAUUUACAUGUAUGGCUUUUAGCAGACACCCAAAAGUUUUAGUGACGUACAAAUGUGCUUUAAGUCUCAAUGAGUAAAUCUACACUGGUAUGCCAGAUUACAAGCUUAAGAUAAAUCAGCCUACAACUCUGUUGAGAGGAUUUUUUUAUGAUUUUUUUUUUAAUUUUUUUACUUUUUUUUAAUAUAAAAGACAACACAAACCUGACAAAGUGCUAGUUUUAGUGUCUCAGGAAGAAGUUCGUUUUCGCUUGGAGAUAGCCAGGGACAUCCAGGGGAAGUUUAUUCCACCACCUCGGUGCCAGACCAGAAAAGAGCCUUGAGGUAUACUGGUGUCCAUGGUUUCUAAAAAAUAAAUAAAAAUUUUGAUUUGUCUGAUCAGAGAACAGUUUUCCCACUUUGCCUUUAGUACAUUCUAAAUGAGCCUUAGCUCAGAGAGGGUGGCGGGGUUUCUGGAUCAUGUUCAUGCAUGCCUUCGAAAUAUAAACUGCAUUUGUGGAUGACACGGGAAACUGUGUUCACAGACAAUUAUUUCUGUUAAUGAGCCAAUCUCUGUUUAUGAACCCACCUUAAUCUCAUCCCAUCUUUUCUUCCUCACAGAUUCUGCCCUAUUCAUACCUAAUCAUCUUACUGACCUGCUGUCAAUAAACCUCAUUCAUUUCAAUAUCACUUACAUUUGUUCCAGACUUUUGUUGCCCCGUCCAAAUUUUUCGAGAUGUGCUGCCACCAACAAAUUGAAAAUUACCUUAAUUUUUCUUUUAAAUGGUACAUUUCUCCAGUUUCACCCUUUGAUAUGUUUUUCUAUGUUCGAUUGUGAAUAAAAUAUGGGUUUAUGAGAUUUGCAAAUGAUUGCAUUCUGUCUUUAAUUACAUUUCACACAGUGUCCCAACUUCUUUUAAAUGAAAAUAAAGAGACACAACUCAGAAUAAAAGCACAUGAGAAUGCUCACGUUAUGAAUGGGGGAAUGUGGCGCUUUGACAUUGUGAAAUUACAACACAAACUAGUGCACUAACCUGCUAAUUUAACACUACUUUAUUGUUGGUAAUUACUAUCUGACCAUCUCUGUGUAACAAAACAAAUGAAAUCUAACCUGAUUGAGAACUAUUAGGUUUAGAAAUGUAAACAAAGUGGAAUUCAGAUGCUAAGUCAACAUGUCACCAGACACUUUUAUGAAAAUGACUGUAACCUGAUGCUUUUACUGAUUAAAAAUAUUUACCUUAAGGUCAAGGUUUAUACAACAAAAUUUCUUACCUAUCUAUUAUCUAUAAGAGGCCAUGACAACAUUACUACAGUCAACAGGUAGUAAAUUUGGCAUGUUUUUUGCGUUUCCUUUGAUUAAAGAUAUGUUAUCAGAUGUUUCUCGAGUUUGCAUGUGUGUUUAAUAAGGGUGCAUUUGUUUGCUUUGAAUUGAAAUGUGUUUUCUGAGUUUGCAUGAUUUUUAAUGAGGUUGCAUGAGUUUUUCUCUCAAUUUUCACUAAAUUGCCAUGUGAUUUCACUGAUUUUCAUGUGUUUUUGUCUCUGCAUGUGUUUUGAUUGAGGUUGCAACAUGUGUUUGCCUGUGGAUAUUUUUCCACAUGUAAUGACAUUUCUUUGAGGUUGCAUGUGUUUUCGAAGUAUGUUUACUUUUUUAUGUUUAAAAUGGAUUAUUAUUUCCACCGCCAUCACCUUCAGCAGUGUAAAACUAGUGUAAGAAGUGAGGUAGAUAAUAAACUGUAAAUU